AUGCCGGGAUACGCCAAAUUCAUGAAAGAAUUAGUUACAAAGAAAAGGAACUUGGACUACGAAACUAUUGAAGUGCCCUAUAGUUGCAGCGCAAUUAUGACAAAAGAGUUAAUCACUAAAAGAGAAGAUCCUGGGGCAUUCACCAUCCCAUGCACCAUUGGCAUGCUCCAAUUAGCUAAAGCUUUGUGCGAUUUAGGAGCAAGCAUCAACUUGAUCCCCUAUGCAAUAUACAAGCAACUUGGUUUGGGUGAACCAAAGACAACCACAAUGAAACUCCUUAUGGAGGAUCGAUCAAUCAAGCACCCAGUGGGGAUACUCUAUGACAUCUUGGUAAAAGUAGAUCGGUUCAUCUUUUCGGCUGACUUUGUGAUUUUAGAUUGUGAGAUCGAUGCUGAAAUCCCCAUUAUUUUGGGAAGGCCAUUCUUAGCAACCGGGAGGGCAUUGAUGGAUGUUGAAAGCAGGAAAUUGAAGUUUCGGGUGAACGAUGAUGAUGUAACCUUCAAUAUUUUCAAAUCCAUGAAACAACCAAGCGAUAUCCAUGUGGUGUCUACUGAGGAUGUUAUAGAUGAGGCAGAGGAAAGUGUGAGCCAUUUGAUGCGAAAGAAUGAACUCCUUGAAUCUAUGAUUGCUAAUUAUGAUGAAUCUGAAGUUCAAGGCUAUAAUGAAGUGAGAAGUCCUUCUGCAAAGCCAUCAACUGAGGAACCGCCAAAUCUAGAGUUAAAAGCACUACCCUCUCAUCUCAAAUAUGCGUUCUUGGGAGCCAAUAAUACUUUACCAGUUAUUAUCGCAGACUUGCUUGAAAGUCAGAUGAAAUUGCUCAUUGAAGUACUACGAAAGCAUAUAAAAGCUAUAGGAUGGACCAUAGCUGAUAUAGUGGGCAUUCCUCCUGGUAUUUGUACUCACAAGAUUCGGCUUGAUAAUGAAUGUAAACCUAGUGUGGAACAUCAACGGAGAUUGAACCCACAAAUGCAAGAGGUGGUGAAAAAGGAGAUCAUCAAGUAG